AUGAACAAAGCAUUAAGGGGGGAGAGAGAGAGAGAGAGGUGCUCAGCUCAGCCAUGGCGACUCUUCAUUACACUUCAGCCUUCUUCAUUAUCUUCAUUCUACACGUAGCAUACGUGGCAAAGUCCGAUCCAUUCAUCGGCGUGAACUAUGGUCAAAUCGCCGACAACCUCCCGGCGCCGGAAUCAACGGCGAAGCUACUCCAAUCCACCUCAAUCGAAAAGGUGAGAUUAUACGGAUCCGACCCUGCCAUCAUCAAGGCUCUCGGCAACACCGGCAUCGGAAUCGUAAUCGGCGCCUCCAACGGCGACAUCCCCGCCAUGGCCUCCGAUCCGAGCUUCGCAAGCAAUUGGAUUAACUCCAACGUCAUUCCUUUCUAUCCAUCCAGCAAUAUCAUCCUGAUCACCGUCGGCAACGAAGUGAUGCUAUCCGGCGAUAGGAAUCUGAUGACUCAGCUUUUGCCGGCGAUGCAGAAUCUCCAAAAUGCCCUCAACAAGGCCUCUUUGGGUGGGAAGAUUAAGGUCUCGACUGUUCAUUCGAUGGCGGUGUUGAAGCAAUCGGAGCCUCCUUCUUCUGGAAUCUUCGAUCCGAGUUUUACGGAUUUGUUGAAAGGGUUGUUGGAGUUCAAUAAUGCUACUGGUUCGCCUUUCCCGAUCAAUCCUUACCCGUAUUUUGCGUAUCAGAGCGAUCCCAGGCCUGAGACUCUGGCGUUUUGUUUGUUUCAACCUAACUCAGGACGACUCGACUCCGGCACCAAUAUCAAGUACACUAACAUGUUCGACGCCCAGGUAGACGCAGUUCGAUCUGCAUUGAACUCAAUGGGAUUUCAAGGUGUUGAGAUUAUGAUUUCUGAGACUGGUUGGCCAUACAAAGGAGAUAACAGUGAGGUUGGCCCAAGCAUGGACAAUGCUAAGGCUUACAUUGGUAAUUUGAUUGCACACCUUAGAUCGAAGGUGGGGACACCAUUGAUGCCUGGGAAAUCAGUGGAUACGUAUCUCUUUGCACUUUAUGAUGAAGAUUUGAAGCCUGGACCAGCUUCUGAGCGAUCAUUUGGACUUUUCAAGCCCGAUUUAACCAUGACCUAUGAUGCUGGCCUUUCCAAGUCAAGCCCGACUCCAUCAACACCAAAAACUCCAGUGACUCCAUCUCCAAAGUCAAGUAAAGCAUCUUGGUGCCUGCCAAAGGCAGGCAUAUCAGAUACCCAAUUACAAGCAAAUUUGGAUUAUGCUUGUGCACAAGGGAUUGAUUGCAGUCCAAUCCAACCAGGUGGAGCUUGUUUUGAACCAAACACACUGGCAUCACAUGCUAGCUAUGCCAUGAAUCUUCUCUACCAAAAUUCUGGCAGAAAUCCAUGGAACUGUGAUUUCUCACAAACUGCCACACUCUCAUCCAACAAUCCUAGUUCCGAUGGGUGCAAUUACCCCGGUGAAAGUAGCUGAGGCCAAUAACCACCGUAAUAUAAUAACAUCACCGGUUGUGGUGAGUAUCUGUUUACUGUUUAAAUUCUUCAGUUAGUACUGUAAGGUAUGUUUUGGAAGAACAUAUAUAAGAGAGAUUGGGCAAUGGCUUAAGGAGUAGUAGGAAUUUUAUUGAUUCCCUCUCCUUUAUUUAAUGUAAAAAUGGAUUGCCUGUAUGCUUGUGAAAGUCUUUGUAUUAACCGUAAAAAAUUCAUUUUUCUGUGUGUAUUUAUGCAUAUGUGGGAGAGUGAUAUAAAUUUAAGAGAGAUGAUUUACU